AUGGCUUCCACCAGCACUUCCCAAGCUGCUCUAAGCUCAAGACUCCCUGUCGGGGUGCAUACCCCUGGCGGUGGACGCAACGAGUCUCCUUUAACAGACUCUGCACCAACCCUUGGCUACCGCUUCAACCACAUGAUGAUCCGCAUCCAGGACCCAGAGCCCACGCUGAAUUUCUACGUCAACCUGAUGGGCAUGAGGACUGUCUUCGCUAUCAACACCGGCCCCAUGACCGUGUAUUAUCUCGGUUAUCCUCAGACACCAGAGCACCGUGCGGAUCCGGCUGCUUUUGCACAGCACGUUGCGCAGCAUUCCGUGCUGACGCAGACUCUGGGACUGCUGGAGCUUUGCCAUUAUCAUGGAUCAGAAAAUGAGGCGCAUGGUUACAUUUCGAGUGGGAAUAUUCCACCGCAUUUAGGCUUUAAUCAUCUAGGAUUUACGGUCCCAAGUGUACCUGAGACAGUGGAGCGGUUAAGGAGUGCAGGAGUGAAAGUCGUAAAGGACUAUGGACAGGGUCCUGUCGAGGGGAUACCAACUACGACAUGGGAAAGGGAGAAAGGGAUUGCGACGGACUCUUUGGGAGAUGGGUUUCUCAAUGUCGUAAGGCAGGUCGCAUUUGUGGAAGAUCCGAAUGGUUACUUGGUCGAAUUAGUCCCUCAACAAUUAUCCGUACCGUGA